CAAGCCCACAAGCCAUGUCUGUCGCCACCGACCCAGAAGAACAAUACAAGCUCAUCACCAAGGGCCUUCAGGAGGUCUUAAAUGGCCAAAUCAUCAAGGAUGUCCUUGAAAAGGAGAAGAGACCCGUAAAGAUCUACUUGGGUACAGCUCCCACUGGGAAGCCCCACUGCGGUUACUUUGUGCCCAUGAUCAAGUUGGCCCAUUUCUUGAAGGCUGGAUGUGAAGUGACGGUCCUUUUGGCCGACUUGCACGCCUACUUAGACAACAUGAAGGCUCCAUUGGAAGUAGUCCAGUACAGAGCCAAGUACUACGAAUAUGUGAUCAAGGCCAUGUUGAGAUCCAUCAACGUUCCAAUUGACAAAUUAAGAUUUGUAGUAGGCUCUGAAUACCAGUUGAGCGCACAGUACACUAUGGAUAUCUUCAAGUUGCUGAAUGUUGUUUCCCAGAACGAUGCCAAGCGUGCUGGUGCUGAUGUCGUCAAGCAGGUUGCCAACCCAUUGUUGUCCGGAUUGAUUUACCCAUUGAUGCAAGCUCUUGAUGAAGAACAUUUGGGUGUUGAUGCCCAGUUUGGAGGUGUUGACCAGAGAAAGAUUUUUGUGUUGGCCGAAGAGAACUUGCCUUCCGUAGGCUACAAGAAGAGAGCUCACUUGAUGAACCCUAUGGUUCCAGGAUUGGGUCAGGGUGGUAAGAUGUCUGCUUCGGAUCCAAAUUCCAAGAUUGAUAUUAUUGAAGACCCUAAGGUCGUCAAGAAGAAGGUCAACAGCGCUUAUUGUGCUCCCGGUGACAUCAAAGACAACGGCUUGUUGUCGUUUGUAGAAUACGUAGUCCAACCCAUCCAAGAAUUGUUGGCAGAGCAAGAUGGAGUGUUCAAGUUCGACAUUGACCGUCCGGAAAAGUACGGUGGUCCAAUCUCGUACACGUCUCUUGACCAGUUGAAAGCAGACUUCGCUUCUGAAAAGUUGUCGCCAGUCGACUUCAAGGCCGGUGUUGCUGACAAGAUCAACGAGUUGUUGGCUCCUAUCAAGGCUGAAUUCGAUGCCAGCCCUGAUUUCCAGGAAUACCAGCAAAAGGGCUACCACCAGGAACAGCCAAAGGCUGAAAAGAAGACCAAGAAGGUCAAGAACAAGGGUACCAGAUACCCUGGUGCCGGCAAACCAGAUGGUGCUUCUGCUCCAGAAGCUGAAGCUGAAGCUGUUACUGCUAAGUUGGAAGAAGCUAAGUUAAAUUAGGUAUAGAUACGUAAUAAAGGUAAUUUCUAG